AUGAAGCUUCUACUCACCUCUUUACUCUUCUCUGCGGCUUGCGCACUGCCUACACAGCGCCAGUCAGAAACGCCGAAAGCUCUAUACUUCCUCGAAAAUCAUCCCGAUGGUGGCUCAAUCGUUUCAUUAGAGUUGAUGGGCAAUGGCAAGCUUGGAGAACCUAAGAAGACCUCGACAGAAGGAUUCGGUCUGCAAUCAAAAAUCUAUGGCACUGGCUUGGACUUUCCAGCAGACCCUCUCUUGUCACAAGGUGCGGUCACUGUCCGGGACAACCUGCUUUUCACUGUCAACUCAGGAAGCAAUACUAUUUCACUCUUCACAAUCGACCCAGAGCGACCCUGGGACAUCACACUUGUUGGCACUGCAGACUCCCUUGGCGAGUUCCCAGUCUCGAUCGACUAUUCUCCAAAGCUGCGCAAGGCUUGCGUUCUCAAUGGUGGCGCUGUCGGAGGCAUCGCUUGCUAUCACGUCGGCGAGUCUUAUGAGUUGCACCAAGACGGACCUUUCCGACCUUUUCCAGCCGGCUUGAGGAACAAUACCACGCCGAUGCAAGGCCCUCCAAACUCCACUGCCCAGAUCAGCUUCAACCCAAAUCAGGACGCCGUGUUUGCUAGCAUCAAAGGAGAUCACACUGCAUCACCGCAACUACCAGGUAAUAUGCUCAUUUGGCCAGUUGACGAGAUGGGCAUGAUUCGAUCGGAGUCGGACCCAAUUAUUGGUCAGGUUGAUGGCAUUCCAAUGGACUAUGCUUUCACUUGGAUCUCACCAUCUCGCCUGUUCCUCAUCGAUCCUUCUUAUGGUGGCUCGAUCCUCUCUUUCGGCCCUGCCCCAGACUACCAGAUCCGGGAAGACAAUCACCUCUACGUGCCUGCACAGAAUUUCUCUUGCUGGUCUGCUUGGGAGCCUUCGAGCAAGACACUUUACAUGGUUGAUGCCAUGAGCCCUUACAUCUUUACGCUUGACGAGGAGACUGGUGAAUACAAAGAUGAGAUCUAUGUCGAUAUUCCUGUUGAUGGCCAAUAUGCUUUCGGCAAGGAUGAGCUUGGAAUCUUGGAUGUGGACAUUGUUGAUGGUUACAUGUAUGGCUGCUCUGGAACUGGUGGUAUUCCAAUCUUUGAUCUCAAGACGAAUCAACAGAUCGAAUACGUUGAUCUCACAAGUAUCCUCGACGGCAAGUUCAUGCAAGGCAUGACACAUUGGCCAAAGAUGGGUGAUGAUCUCGUGCUCAGGAGCGAGUAG